UGCCCAUGCAUCAUACUAACGUUUCCACAGGUGUUGUGAUGGAGGGUUUAGGCGGAGUUGGGCCCUACAGUAGAGGAAGCCCCAGCCAGGCUCCCACUCUCAGCCUCGUCAGGUCUCACAUUCCUGGACAGCAACCAACCCUCAGGCCGCAGGCCACCACAAAUGGAGAGCGGGGGAGGGGGGACUUCACCAGAACGCUCAUUUACAGCACUAGCGCCAACAUGUCCAUGAAGGGCUUGUCCCUCGGCAGGCGGGCAACAUGCAUAGUGAUAACACUCGGCAGUUACACGUUCCAGCCUGUUGGGCCUGCGAUUGUGCAGCCCUGUGUGACAGCACACUCUUUCUCUACCAUAAAGGGGCGGUUCAGUGUUCUGCAUGACAUACACCCUCUUGCUACUGAGGGGUGUGACUUCUGGCUUGAUUCAGCUUGAAGUUGCUUCGUCACUUUGCUGCUCUGCACCCCUUCGUUGUGAUCCUGCAUGCAUUGCAACUGGGUGACAGCGGCUGGUUGUUUAAUGUGUAUGCGCCUUGUGGGCAUGAUGGGCUAUCCUUGUGCAGGCCUGCCAGCUUGCAAGCUGCAGCUCCGGCAAGACUCGCAGAACCAGGACCUGUUCUUCUUUGAGCCCAUGGACACUGUCAGUGCUGCAGCUGCCACAAGUGCUGGUGUGAACAGCAUGUUCUUCCUGGACCCCGAGGGCAGGCAGAUAGCUGAGCUGAAGAAGUGGCUGGACCUUGCCGAGGAUGAGUACUGUAUGGGGAGACCCAUCCGGCCGCUGUUCAUCAACGGUCUGGUCAAGACUGGCAAGUCCUACAUGCUCAAGGAGGUUCUGCCUGCUGUGGCCAACACCUACUACAGCAGCGGCGGCAGUGGCCGGCAGCACGCUGGCACGGUGCUUUCAGAGCCCAACUUCCUGCGCGUGAACUGCUUGGGCUGUGAUCGCAGCAGAGGUGUCAGUGGCUUCCUUAAGGAAUUCCUCACUGUACUCAAGGAGAGUGCCGCCGACCAGCGGCUCUCUGCUGCCGCCAGCACGCCUGCACCCAGCGGCAACUCGGCUGUCACCGCAGCAGGUGCCAUUCGGAACUUCAUGCGGCGCCUGCCACGGGACCGCCUGAACUUCCUGCUGGUUGACGAGGCGCAGAGUUUUUACCUGCUUGAACGGGCCAUGCCCGGCAAAAAGUCGCCCGGCAAAAAGUCGCCCGGCAAAAGUCCGCGGCGAAAAGUCACUGUACGCGGCUCAACACUGGACGAGGAUGCAACCAACGGUGUUGCCCUAAUCACGUACCACUCCCAACUCAACCUGAGCCCCAUGGUGUCCAAGGACGUGCUGCAAGUCGCCUGGGAGCAGCUAAAGGCCCAGGCCGCGAGCUGGGAUCCGCCACUGCCAAGCGACCUGCUCUGGCAGUCACCACAGCAGAUCGCCAUGCUCGCCUACUUGUGCCAGGAGUGGAGGGGGCGGUUAGGGACGGCUAUCACAGCUGCGGAGCUGGUCAAGCAAACCCUGAGAGGAAAGCUCAUUCCCGAGGUGCUGGCGGACAUGCGCAUGGUACUGCAAGUGCUGGGCCAGCCUACUUCACAGGUGCUGCUCCUGCGCGAGCUGGUGGACACAAUGGCUGGAGUGGAGCGCGCCAAGCUCCCGCUGGCGUUCGAGGCGCUGCUGGCCAACUUCACCACCGAGCGAAACGGCAGGCUGUAUCUGGAUAACCCGCUAUUUGCUCAGGUGCUGCAGGCGGCCACCACAGAGUCUGGAGAGUUGUUGGACUCAAUCACCUCCAUCCCAUCGCUCAGCUCCACAAUGUUCAGGGAGCUGGUUGUGCUCGGCGAGCGCUGCGCGGACAAGGACUUUGACAGCUACGAGGACCUGCACAGCCUCCUGGAAGCCAUGGCAUCUGCGCUGGCGCUUACACCGGACGGGCUGCUGAAGGCGGACUGGUUCAUCCAGGUCCGGGACCACCGCUGCAACAGCCUCGGCAGCAAGACCAAAUUUGAGCGGGACAACAGGGCUCAGACUGACGUCAAGGUUGGGCUUCGCUGGUUCCACCGGUUGCUGCGCAACAUCCUGUGUCACGCCCCCAUCCUGGAUCAUCAGAAGUUCCUGGAUGCCUACCCGCCAGAGAUGGCUGCGUUUCAUCGCAGUGGUCGCAUCAGCAUGGUGCUGACCAAGACUUACGAAGUGAAGCCCAGCGGCGGCGGCAGCAGCAGCAGCAGCAGCCAGCAUCGCGGCAGCAGCGGCACCAGCGGUAAAGGGUGCAGUGUAACGGCUAUGGCUAACAAGUGCACACCUGUGCGCCCGGCCUCAGUGGCAGGCUGUGGUCAGCACGGGCCGCUGAUUCACACCACCAGCAGGCAUGGGGUGUGGGGCCAGGGAGGGCUGCGGGCAGCCACACUUGCACCGCGCCUGCACGUGCAGCACUCACGCUUUCCCCUAUCUGCAGCAAUAGGGCUGCGGCUACCCUGCGAGGCGUCCGCGGAGCAGGCGUCAUCGGCCCCCACGGGGAGAUGGGUGCCGAGUACGGCCUACGUACGCCACGUCAGGCGGGCAGCCGCGGCGCCCCUCCGGAGAAGGAAGGGGUGGCGGUGGCGGCGGCGGCGGGGAAAGUCGGGCGUCGGUCGGCUUAAGGGUGGUGUGGCUCAAAACGACUAA